AUGAAAUUCCUAGUCGUGGUGACCUUACUUGCUUUGGCUUAUGCCAAGCAUGAAGAAUAUAUUGGAUGGAAAUCCUACUAUGUAGGAGUCACCACUACAGAACAGUCUGAGGCAUUGGGACCUUUGGUUGAGAAAUAUGAACUGGACUUCCUAUCUCACCCGCUCCUGAACCGUGAAGGAGUUGUGCUGGUCAAACCUCAACACCAAGCAGGUUUUAUCAAGGAGAUCGAAGCUGCUGGCAUCUCUUACAGAGUUCAUGCUGAUGAUUUGAAAAAGGGGCUGGAUUACGAUGACUAUCUUAUCGAGAUGCAAAAAAGGUCCUCAGCAGCCAGGAAUGGAGGUCGUCAGCUUCCUUAUGACAAUUACCAAGAACUCGAAGUGAUUGACGCGUACCUAGACUACAUUGGUGCUGAAUACCCUGAUAUCGCUACCGUCGUGACCGCUGCUGAGUCCUUCGAAGGCCGUCCCAUCAAGUACGUCAAGAUUUCAUCCACAAACUUUGAAGAUGAGAGCAAACCCGUCAUCUUCAUUGACGGAGGCAUUCACGCGAGGGAAUGGAUCUCUCCUCCAACCGUUACCUACGCGAUCCACAAACUGGUUGAGGAUCUGACCGAGAGCGACCUUUUGGAUAACUUCGACUGGAUCCUCCUGCCUGUAGUCAACCCUGAUGGAUACAAAUUCACUUUCACCAAUCAACGAAUGUGGCGUAAGACUCGUUCCAUCCACCCUACUAUGCCAACCUGUGUUGGAACUGAUGGCAACCGCAACUACGACUUCUUCUGGAACACUGUCGGUACAUCCUGGAAUCCUUGCAGCGACGUCUACCCUGGCACUCAAGCCUUCUCAGAAGUAGAAACCAGAGUAGUCAGAGAUAUUCUUCAUGAACAUUUGGCUCGUACGGCUUUGUACCUUACCAUUCACAGUUACGGCAGCAUGAUCCUGUAUCCUUGGGGUCAUGAUGGUUCCUUGUCCCACAAUGCCCUUGGACUCCACACUGUUGGUAUAAACAUGGCUGCUGCUAUCCACGAUAAAGCUCUGUCUAACUUCCCAAGAUACGUCGUUGGAAACUCAGCUCUUGUUCUUCGGUCGUUCAUUUCUGGGUCUUCGGAGGAUUAUGCGCAUUACAUUGGAGUGCCUCUAUCCUAUACUUAUGAACUGCCUGGCUUUGGUUGGGGCACCCAGGGUUUCCACUUAGAUCCUCGUUUCAUUGAACAGGUCGUUCAAGAAACCUGGGCGGGUAUUGCUGUAGGCGCAAGAAGAGCUGGAGAAUUGUUUGUUGCUAAAAAAAUGGCUCAAGUUUAA